AUGGGUCGUCUUCACAGCAAAGGAAAGGGCAUUUCGUCCAGCGCCAUCCCCUACUCGCGCACUCCCCCCGCGUGGCUCAAGACCACCCCCGAGCAGGUCGUUGACCAGAUCUGCAAGUUGGCCAAGAAGGGUGCCACUCCCUCUCAGAUCGGUGUCGUCCUCCGUGACUCUCACGGAGUCGCCCAGGUCAAGGUCGUCACUGGUAACAAGAUCCUCCGGAUCCUUAAGUCCAACGGCCUUGCGCCCGAGAUCCCUGAGGAUCUUUACAUGCUUAUCAAGAAGGCCGUUGCCGUCCGCAAGCACCUUGAGCGUAACCGCAAGGACAAGGACUCCAAGUUCCGUCUUAUCUUGAUCGAGUCCCGUAUCCACCGUCUCUCCAGAUACUACAAGUCCGUCGGUGUCCUCCCCCCCACCUGGAGAUACGAGAGCGCCACCGCCAGCACCCUUGUUGCCUAAAUUAGCGGUGGAGCGUGGAUUGUGGCUAGUUGUGGUGUGUUUUAGAAGACGUGCAGAAAUGGAUGUCUCAGCAGAUACCAUGACGCCUUUUUAAAAAAGAAUGAAAAGCCAUAAUUUUCUCUCGAAUUAGGAGU